AUGGACGAGAAGAUCAAGAAAGCUGAGGAGGUGGCCCAGAGACUCACACGAGCAGUGGCUGGUGGGGAUGAACAGGUGGCUAUGCAAUGUGCCAUCUGGCUGGCAGAGCAGCGGGUGCCCCUGAAUGUGCAACUGAAGCCCGAGGUCUCUCCGACACAGGAUAUCAGGCUGUGGGUGAGCGUGGAGGAUGCACAGAUGCACACAGUCACUAUCUGGCUCACGGUGCGGCCUGACAUGACGGUGGCCUCCCUCAAGGACAUGGUGUUCCUAGACUAUGGCUUCCCACCAACCCUGCAGCAGUGGGUGUUUGGGCAGCGGUUGGCCCGGGACCAGGAGACUCUGCACUCCCACGGCGUGAGGCGGAAUGGGGACAGCGCCUACCUCUACCUGCUGUCUGCCUGCAACACGUCGCUCAACCCUCAGGAGCUGCAGCGGGAGAGGCAGUUGCGGAUGCUGGAAGAUCUGGGCUUCAAGGACCUCACGCUGCAGCCACGGGGCCCCCUGGACCCAGUUCCCCCAAAGCCUGGGGCCCCUCAAGAGCCAGAGCGGGGGCAGCCUGAUGCAGUGCCAGAGCCCCCGCCGGUGGGCUGGACAUGCCCUGGCUGCACCUUCAUUAACAAGCCCACUAGGCCCGGCUGCGAGAUGUGCUGCCGGGCGCGGCCCGAGGCCUACCAGGUACCUGCCUCAUACCAGCCAGACGAGGAGGAGCGAGCGCGCCUGGCCGGUGAGGAGGAGGCGCUGCGCCAGUACCAGCAGCGGAAGCAGCAGCAGCAGGAAGGCAACUACCUGAAGCACGUGCAGCUGGAUCAGCGGAGCCUGGUUCUGAACACCGAGCCCACCGAGUGCCCGGUGUGCUACAGUGCCCUGGCGCCGGGUGAGGCUGUGGUGCUGCGCGAGUGUCUGCACACCUUCUGCAGGGAGUGUCUGCAGGGCACCAUCCGCAACAGCCAGGAGGCUGAGGUGUCCUGCCCCUUCAUCAACAACACCUACUCAUGCUCGGGCAAGCUGCUGGAGAGGGAGAUCCGAGCGCUCCUGAGCCCCGAGGAUUACCAGCGGUUUCUGGACCUGGGCAUCUCCAUUGCGGAAAACCGCAGUGCCUUCAGCUACCACUGCAAGACCCCGGACUGCAAGGGAUGGUGCUUCUUUGAGGAUGAUGUCAAUGAGUUCCCCUGCCCUGUGUGCUUCCAUGUCAACUGCCUGCUUUGCAAGGCCGUCCAUGAGCAGAUGAACUGCAAGGAGUACCAAGAUGACCUGGCCCUGCGAGCCCAGAACGAUAUGGCUGCCCGGCAGACGACGGAGAUGCUGAGAACCAUGCUGCAGCAGGGUGAAGCCAUGCACUGCCCACAGUGCCAGAUCGUGGUGCAGAAGAAGGACGGCUGCGACUGGAUCCGGUGCACUGUCUGCCACACCGAGAUCUGCUGGGUCACCAAGGGCCCCCGCUGGGGCCCUGGGGGCCCAGGAGACACCAGCGGGGGCUGCCGCUGCCGGGUGAAUGGGAUUCCGUGCCACCCCAGCUGUCAGAACUGCCACUAA